AUCUGACAUUUUAUUUUUGAAUACAAAGCAAGGCAGGUAAAGAUUGGCGAGCGUGGAUUUUUUUGGUACGAAAGGUCUAUAGAAUAACAGAAAAUAUGAAUUACGAAGACAUUCUGGACACAUCAUGGUUGCGGCUCGAGGGAGACUUUGACAGCCAAGUGCAGGAAGUAUUAAGAUAUGUGAGACUAACUGCAGACAGGGUUUAUAACCUGAAGCAUUUGUUUGAUGACAUCGAGGAAGCCCUCCGGCAUCUAGCUCCAGGUUGCCAAAUAAUGCCUUUUGGCUCAGUAGUCACUGGUCUAGGCAUAAAAACAAGUGAUGCAGAUGUUUACGUGGCCUUGCCUGAGGGGCACCACCCCACUGUCAACCAUGUCGUACAAGCCAGGAAUAUGCUGCACCGAUACCACAGGAAGUUCACACAGCUAUUUGCAAUCACAAAAGCAAAAGUUCCCAUUGUCAAGUUCUUUCAUAUCCCAACUCAAUUCCACUGUGAUGUCAAUUUUAAAAGUCCUGCAGGAGUAUACAAUAGCAAAUUAGUUGCAUUUUUGUUACAUAUGGAUGAGAGAGCUCUGCCGUUGGCAAUCCUCAUAAAGUACUGGUCAAAAGUUCAUACAUUCACAGGUACCAACCUGUUGGGUAACUAUGCAUUGACUAUGAUGGUCAUAUUUUACUUGCAGCUGAUGAACAUUUUGCCGUCAGUGUGUGAUUUACAGAGACACAUGCCUCCCUACUACGUGGAUGGAUGGAACACUGCAUUUGAUGACACAAUGCAAAGUACCACCAGGAACACUGACUCCUUGUAUGAACUCAUGGGCGGGUUCUUUAAAUGUUAUAGUGUGUUUAAUUUUAAGGAUGAUAUAAUCUCACCAUUCUUUGGACGUGUGAUAAGCAAGAGAUGUAUGGACAAUUUUGACUUUCCUGAAGAGUUUAGUCUGUACAAGGACCAUGUGGCAAGAGAUGUGCGUAAAAAGUUUAAAACUACAUCUAAGAUUUGCAUACAGGAUCCAUUUGAACACAGUAGGAACUGCUCAGUGGCUGUGAGCGAUAGGCUGGCGGAGAGAAUCUUUGCGCACAUACAGUUCGUGACAAAUAAGUUUGAACUAAACAGUAGCGAUCGCUUUCUAAGAGCGAUCUUAACGCAAGACCCGAACAGCGCGCAUGCUAGCGCAGCUACGGCGCCUAAUAAACAUAUAUUUAAUAACAAAAUAAAAAAGCAAAACCGAAAAAAACAGAAAAGGGAAAUACAGCAUGGUGUAAACAAGAUGUUUACUCAAUAUCAGAACUUGAAAAAAGGAAAAAGAUAAAAUUUAAUUCUGAAAUCAAAGAACUGACAUCUUUAUACUUAAGAGUACCUAGUACAGUAUUUUGUAUGGCUGAGUAUUUGCAAUUUGACAAAUAGAAUCUUUACGUGAAAA